AUGCAAGUGCGAUUUCAAUUGUUGGGAACGCUAGACUCUGCGGAAGUAUUGCUAAUCUCCAACUGCCUAAAUGUAACUUCAGAGAGUCCAAGAAAUGAGGAUCCAUCUCAUAGCUUGAAAUUAAUAAUCCCUUUAGAAGCUGGGCUUCCUCUUCUAGGAAUAGCUAUGGUGCUGUCCUAUUUCUUUCUUCAUUCGUCCAGAAAGGAAAAGAAGGAAAUUUCAUUGAACACUUUGGAGAACUCUGUUUUGCAAGUAUCAUAUGAUACUCUCCUCAAAGCUACCGAUGGGUUUUCUUCAGCUAGUUUGAUUGGCAGGGGUAGUUUUGGGUCAGUGUACAAAGGAGUUCUUGAGGGUGAUGGUAGACCUCAAAUUGUUGCCGUGAAGGUGUUUAACUUGUUACGCCAGGGAGCUUCUAAGAGUUUCAUCGCUGAAUGUGAGACGAUGAGAAAUAUUAGGCAUUGA